GCCGCCGAGCGCGCGGGCCGCUCCACUUCCGCGCGGGCGGGCGCAUGGCGGGGCCGGCGGCGGCCCGGGAGCUGCUGGACGUGCGGCCCCGGCCAGGGCUGGAAGACAUUUUGCUGAUUAAUUCAAAAUGUAGCAGCAAGAAGGCCACAGCUUUACAGACGGUAAAGGUGCCAAGGAGCAGUGUUUUGGACCGAGUACAGAGCUUUUUACCACAGAUGGCCCAGGCAAAUGACGAGCUCAAAAGAAAAAUGGUAACAGCACCUGCUCAUCAGUUUGAUAUUGAACAUCUAGACAGUGAAACAGAAAAAGUUAUAGAAAUGAAUGUGGCCGUAGUUGAAUUGAGUGAUUCUGAUACAGAUGAAGAGUUGCUGACUUCAGAAGAUGACUCAGAAUCUGAUGAAGAUGACUCUGUAACUGAUGAAGUGACAGUGGACAAUAUUAAGUUUCCUCAACAAAAGGGAGAAAAGGGCAAAAUAGAAAUUUUGGACAGCAAAGCAAAUGAGUAAAUCCAUUUUAUUUUACUUUAAAAAACCCAAACCAACCAAAUAAUAUUUUCUCACUUUGAAGAGUUGUCUCUUAAAACCACUUUGUUUCCCAGUGUAGCAUCUCUCAGGAUCCUGUGAAAUGCUAUAGCUUACAUGGUGGAGAAUUCAGGAUCCACUCAUGGCUGGGGAAGGCUGGGUUUCUGAAGAAUUAAGUGUGAUUUUAUUCAUCAAAUAACAGGGAAAUGCAUUUCAUAGUAGAUUACACCAAGAAAACAGCUAAAGGGGCACUUGAAAGUUGAAAAUUCUUGUUCUGUUGCUUUGUUGAAGACUUUUUUUUUAGAGGAAGAUGAGGGCAAGAAAGAGUUAACCAGGAAAGAAGCUUUGUUUUCAUAUUCCAUGUCCUGUGAAGUGUUAUGUACACUCUCUUCACUAUUAAACAUGAUCUUUAAGUACCCCAGAGGUAAGUCUGCAAUGCAUUAAUGGCAGUGACUGCUCAAGAGCUGAGCCAGCCUGGGUAAGGACAGCCAUGAGUUCAGCAAAGGGUCACUUAGUACUUACCCUGUGUGCUGCACUGGGCUCCACACCAGCACAGCGAGCUUACAGGCUCCUGGGAAGCCUUUGUGGCUGUGGUGCAAACACCCUCCAUACUCAAAGGAUCAAGGCUGCCUCUGGGGUGUUAUGGUGGCUUUAAACUACACUUUUCAUCCCCCAAUUUCCCUGCCACGUUUCCAAUCUCCAUUUUGUUAACUGUCACUGACAGAAGGAUGAAAAGGUGACUUUUCAGCUGGCCUGUACUUAAGUUGGCUUGACACAGUUGUGACACCAGAAUCAGUGAAAGUGUGUCCCAUUUAUACUUAACCUCAGAGUGAUCAAAUACAAUGGUUUGGGCUAUUACAUUCACUUCAUAGAUCAGUCUGCAUUUCAGAAGUAUCUGUCAUGCUCCUGGAUGUCAUUGUUUCUUAAAGGAACUUUGUAUAUUCUACACCAUUAAAGUAAAAUUUUCAAUACUGUA